UUCUACUGCUCUUUCGGGAAAUGUAAAACCCCCUAAAGGCAGCAAACCAUCACUCACGCAUUCUCUCACCGACCUGAAACAACAAGGAAGAUUUUUUAGACGAAAAUUGAGAUGGCAGCCAGGAAUGCUUUCAGAUAUGUUUCUCGUAGGCUCUCAAGCAGUGGCAAGGUGUUAAGCGAGGAGGAAAAAGCUGCUGAAAAUGUCUACAUCAAGAAAAUGGAGAAGGAGAAGCUGGAGAAGCUUGCACGCAAGGGUCCCAAGCCUGAAGAACAAGCUGCAACUAGCGCUGGUGGCUCAGGGUCAGUAGCUGAUGCUGCACCAAGUGCCAAGGCCUCUUCAACACCUGGGGUAUCAAAUGACAAUUACCGCAACUAUGGUGUUCUAGCUGGACUUGUUACUGGUGUUGGUGCUUUGGGUUGGUACAUGCUGUCAAAGGACAAGAAGACAGAAGAAGUACAGGAUUGAAGUAUUUCUUAAUAGGCAACGACUUGAAAAAAAAUAAAGCAAACUCAAGUUUGGAAAACAGUAGCCUCGUGUCUUUUCCUUUUGUAUGGUUUUCCACCGGCUGGAUGUACAAAAUCUCUAGAGCAGAUGUAAAUUUUACAACUGCUGACUGGAUGAUGUUCUGUGUUUGUUGCUUGGUUGUCAUAAUCACACAUCGCUUUAGAAAAGAAUUUCUCUGGUUGGUAUUUCACCUUAA